AUCGCGGCAGGCGCGUCGACGGACGGAAGAGGGACGUUUCGGCGAAGGAGAGCGAGAUCGGUUUGUUUCAACAGUGAUGCGGAGGUAGCCCCGAGGAAUAGCCCGCGUCGAAAUGUUCGCGAAAGAAGUCAGCGUGGCCGUCAUGGCGCUGUGCGUCGUGAAGCUUGUUACGUCUGGUGACGAGGUGGUCCUUCCGUCGUCUUCGUCUGGUCUGAACAUAACGGGCAACAUGCGUUCGAUGGACGAGGACCAGGUGAUGUCGCUGCACGAGCUUCUCAAGCGCAAGCUGGAACGCACCCGGGGCCUUGUGAGCCUCGGCAUGGACCCUUUCCAGGCCGGAUCCAUGGGCUUUCUCAUACAAGAGCCGGGCGCCUACAUCAACGUCUCGCUCACCAAGCUUGCCGUGACGGGACUGUCGAACUUCACCAUCCGCGACGUGGCCACCAACAACGCCGCGAUGCGCGCCAGCGUGCUCAUGAUAAUGCCCCGGGUGGAGAUACGAUGCGCCUACCGCGUCAAGGGCUACAUCAGCGGCGAAGGCGAGAAGCAGUCGCGCGUCAUAGACGAGAGCGGUCAGUUCGAGGCGGUGCUUGGACGGGCUGCCAUGUCCUGGUUCGCCCGGGUGCUGCACGUCGACAAGGAUGACCUGCUGGUGGCCCAGACGGGUCUGAGGACACACGUGGACGAGGUCGUAGCCAAGCGGUUCCUGCCGACGGCCAAGGCCAAGACCCAGUCCGAGGACCAGGACGUGAUGGGUGUGGUCGGCAACAGCAUCGUGGACCACGUGCGCCAGAUGGUCGAGGACAAGCUGAACAAAGUCAUAACCAAGGCGGUGUCCACGAAGCCCAGCGAGGUGCAGGACCUGCUCGAGUCGCUCGUCGUUCCGACGCCUCACUCCGAGGUGCCGCGCACCUUCUCGCCUCACGGUCACCGCAUCAGCAAGCGCCAGGUCCCUUGCAACAACGGCACCGAGCUGGACGACUACGUCGACUACCUGUUCCGCUUCGCCACGCGUCUCAUCCGAGCCAUGGAGCCCAUCCAGGGACCCAACUUCACCAUCUACAUCGAGGAACAUCUUCAGGUCUUCCUCUACGACGUCCAGGCUCGAAACGUCUACACUCUGUCGCGUCGCAAGCCGGCCUACGUCAUCUGCAAAAACGGCGACGUCACCGUGGGGUUGGUCAUCCUGCUGGACAGCAUCAUGGCGACGGCCAAGUACCGCGUACUCACCGACCACCGGCACCUGCUGUACAACGGCGACGCCGACAUCAAGCUCUCGGGCACCGUGGUGUGGAUACAGAUAUCCCAGCUCGCCAACGGCAACAACCGAUUAGACGUGGUGCGGAUCUGGAGGAUGGGCAAGGCGCAGGUGUUACUCAAAGGACUGGGCAACCUCACGUCGGCGAUAUCCAUGUUACUCACGAGCAUAUUGAACCACGACCCGUGGAACGUGAUACCAGUGGCCGAGGCGCAGGCCAUUACGUUCGGCAGGGAGAUGCUGGCGAACAUUACCGUGCCCAUAUUCUCUUUAGUGUGAGGGCGCCACCGUCGUUCCGCGUGCCUCUAAUCCGGACGUCACGUGGUCGCGUCACUCUGUGGGCAUGCCUGACCGAAUCACUUCCGGUUAAUGCGUCCAGUAAUUUUACACAGGCUGUCCAACUAGGGUUCCGUGGGCGUUGCCAUAUAUGAUGUCGUCUGGACUUUUGUGAUUCCACGUGAUCAACUGCCCAAAAGCACGAAAGGGCGUCUGACAACACGUGGCUCGGACGUUUACGCACGCGCAACAGUCCACAGUGGGGAUGUUAUCAAGCUACGGUCGAAAGGCUUAUAUCGGCCACAUGUUUCCACUAAGUGUUUGCGAAAUCAAUGAUAAGAUUUCGUAGAAUUUUCAUCCAACUUUCGCGAGAAUUGGACGAAGGGAAUAUCGAAUUACUGGACCGCAUAUUCUAGAAUGUUUCACUGCGAUAAGCCAUUGUGGCGCUUGAGGGAGAAGCUGUCUUCCGAUGACAUAACGUUCGGGUUCGUGCGCGGCACAGGAACGUGCGUCGUCACGAUGAUGAUGUAAUCAAAGUGAG